CGACCCUCUCCAUUUUGCCAGCCUUGUUCAUCUGAAAUACCUAAAUCGUUCCCAGUUUGUUUUUUUUUUUGUUAUUCUUUAGGUUCAACCUCAAGUAGUUUGGUUUAUCUACUUUUUAUUCGUGCACCAAUAAUUGUCUUUAUUAAAAAGUAAUCAAACUAAAAAAAAAAAGAAACAAACAAAACCGAAAAUUUUGAGAGAGAGAAUGACAGAUGGAUGAAGAAGAAGAUGAGGAUGAGAGCUUCAUCAUUUGUCUCCCCGACCGAUAUUAUCUCUUUCUAGUUUCUGUCUGAAUUCUUUUUUUCUUUUUUCUUUUUUUGAAGAACUUUUCUACUAGCUCCCCGAUCAUCAUCAUCGAUUCAUCCUCCUUCCUCCUGCUACAGAGGCGGAAUGGAGGACUUAAAAAAUCCUACUGAGAGUGGAGAUAUUGUUAGUGAUAAUAAUGCUGCAACAUUAAAUCCUGAGUUGGUCGAAUCGGCCAGUACUCGAGAAUCUAACUUACAACAAUCAGUUUCAAAGGUUGAUGAUAAUAUACCACAAUCUCAAACUCAUAAUGAAGAAUCUCUUUCUGCUUCUGAUGCUGCAACCGAAAAAGAAAUUUCGAGUACAACAACAAUCGUAGAAGAACAAGUGUCAGAGCUAAAUGAGAUUGGUUUACCUAGUGUAAAGACUGUGGUGGUGGGUACGGCAACAAAUGAUGGGUCAGCUACAACUGUAUCAUCUCCUAGACCGCACUUGUCUCCAAGAUUCUCAGGAUCAGCUGGGACGCCGAAAAAUGUGGACUCACCACAUAGAGGUAUAAUCGAUAACGCUGCGCCUUUUGAAUCUGUUAAAGAAGCUGUCUCCAAAUUUGGAGGAAUCACUGACUGGAAAUCUCACCGUAUGCAAGCAGUAGGGAGGCGCAAGCUUAUAGAAGAAGAGCUUAAAAAGAUCCAUGACGAGAUACCUGAGUACAAAACACAUUCGGAAACCGCUGAGGCUGCGAAACUGAAAGUGCUCAAGGAGCUAGAAAGCACAAAGAGACUCAUUGAACAGUUGAAGCUUAAUUUGGAAAAAGCACAAACAGAAGAACAACAGGCGAAGCAAGACUCAGAGCUUGCUAAGCUAAGGGUUGAGGAGAUGGAACAAGGAAUAGCUGAAGACGUCAGUGUUGCAGCUAAAGCUCAGCUUGAGGUGGCCAAGGCAAGGCAUAACGGAGCCGUUACAGAGUUGUGCUCUGUCAAGGAUGAGCUUGAAACUCUUCACAAGGAAUAUGAUGCUUUGGUGCAAGAUAAAGAUGUGGCGGUAAAGAAAGUAGAAGAAGCAACGUUGGCUUCAAAAGAAGUUGAAAAGACUGUUGAAGAACUCACCAUAGAGCUGAUAGCUACCAAAGAGUCGUUGGAAUCAGCACAUGCUUCUCAUUUAGAGGCGGAAGAACAGAGGAUUGGAGCAGCCAUGGCUAGAGACCAGGAUACUCACCGCUGGGAGAAGGAACUUAAGCAAGCGGAGGAUGAACUUCAAAAACUUAACCAACAGAUACAUUCUUCCAAGGACCUAAAAGCAAAGCUUGACACUGCCUCAGCGCUGCUUCUUGAUUUGAAGGCAGAGUUGGUUGCUUAUAUGGAAUCGAAGCUAAAACAGGAAGCGUGUGACUCAAGCACCACAAACAGCGAUCCUUCAACAGAUUUACAUGGAGCUGUUGCCUCUGCAAAGAAGGAACUUGAAGAAGUCAAUGCCAAUAUCGAAAAAGCAGCUGCUGAAGUGAACUGCUUGAAACUAGCCUCCGCUUCCUUGCAAAUGGAACUCGAGAAAGAGAAGUCUGCUCUUGCCUCAAUCAAACAAAGAGAAGGGAUGGCUUCCAUAGCAGUAGCUUCUUUAGAGUCCGAAAUCGAAAGAACGAGAUCGGAGAUUGCUUCAGUUCAGUCAAAGGAGAAAGAAGGGAGAGACAAAAUGGUGGAGCUACCAAAGCAACUUCAGCAAGCAGCAGAAGAGGCUGAUGAAGCAAAAUCGCUUGCUGAACUUGCUCGUGAGGAGCUACGAAAGGCGAAAGAAGAUUCAGAUCAAGCAAAAGCUGGAGCAAGUACAAUGGAGAGCAGGCUAUUCGCUGCUCAGAAAGAAAUCGAAGCAGCUAAAGCUUCAGAGAGGUUGGCCUUAGCUGCGAUCAAGGCUUUGGAAGAGAGUGAAUCAACAACACUGAAAGAGAAUGCUCCACAAAGCGUUACACUUUCAUUAGAAGAGUACUAUGAGCUCAGCAAACGCGCUCACGAGGCAGAGGAACUGGCGAAUGCUAGAGUAGCAGCAGCGGUUUCAAGGAUCGAGGAAGCUAAAGAAACAGAAAUGAGAAGCUUGGAGAAGUUGGAAGAGGUGAAUAGAGACAUGGAUGCGAGAAAGAAGGCUUUAAAAGAAGCAACUGAAAAGGCUGAGAAAGCUAAAGAAGGGAAGUUGGGGGUGGAGCAGGAGCUUAGGAAAUGGAGGGCAGAGCAUGAACAGAAGAGAAAGGCUGGUGGUGAUGGAGUCAACAACACUGAGAAAAGUCACCAAAGAGGUAGUAGCUUUGAAGGAGGAGGAAAUGAGUUGAGUAAGUUGGAGAAAUCAUCACCUGAGGAGGCUGCUGUUUAUGCCUCUAGCCCAAGUGACUCAUAUGGAACAGAAGAUAACGUCUCUGAAACCAAUCAAUCACCACAGACCAAGUCUGGAAAGAAAAAGAAGAAGCUUUCUUUCCCCCGGUUUUUUAUGUUCUUGUCAAAGAAGAAGUCACAUAAUUAACUCUUACAGUACAUUCAAACAUCUAAUUCUGUUUUUUCUCUGUCUCAUCUGUUGGAACUUUGAUUGCCGAAACAAUUCCACUCGAACAAGUAUUUGUGAUGUAAAUUGUGUUCUUUUAUUGUUCCCUUUUUUCUU